AGUGCAAUGCCAGCGGGGAAGGUACGUGUCUCUCACUCUCAAACACCGAACCCCACAUUCUAAAGUAACAACAACGCCGGAGAAUGACGUCACACUCCCACUACCCACCCGACCUAGACGCCGACUCCGUCUCCUCCUCCCCACGCUCCGACCACUUCCACGACGCGCCGCCCCGUGUCCGCUUCAUGUGCAGCUUCGGCGGCAAGAUCCUCCCCCGCCCCCACGACAACCAGCUCCGCUACGUCGGCGGCGACACCCGCAUCGUCGCCGUCUCCCGCUCUAUCACUUUCUCCGCCCUUAUUCUUAAACUCUCCAAACUCUCAGGCAUGAGCAACAUAACUGCCAAGUACCAGCUCCCGAACGAGGAGCUGGACGCGUUGAUCUCGGUCACCACGGACGAGGACGUGGAGAACAUGAUGGACGAGUACGACCGCGUCACACACAAUCAGAACCCGCGAUCGGCGCGGCUCCGGCUCUUCCUCUUCCCCGAAGGAGAAGACUCCCGCGCCAACAGCAUCAGCUCGCUCCUAAACGGCUCAGCCAACCGCGAAAACUGGUUCCUAGACGCUUUAAACGGCGGCGUUUCGGGCCUCGAACGUGGCCGCUCCGAAGCCUCCUCCAUGGUCUCCGAAGUACCCGAUUACCUCUUCGGGUUAGACAACUCGGAAGAAAUUACAAAUCACCAACACCAACGCGACCCGCGACCCAAACCCGUUCUCCAAGACAGCGUUUCCGUUACGGAUCCGGGUUCACCCGCCCCGGUUGUCUCGUCCCCUUAUUGUUCCACGUCAUCAGCGCCGCACGUGCCUUCUCUCCCGAACCUUCCCCAUGUUAAAACCAAACCUUUAAACUUAAACCCGGUUCCUGAUACACACUUCAAGGAAAAUCAACCCGAACCUGAAACCGAGCCUCAACCGAACCUCUAUCUAAAUCCAAAUAACCCUGUCAUUCACUAUCCUCCAGAAGCUGCUUAUUCGGUAAAUCCGGUUCCGGUUUUCUAUGUUUCCGGUCCGGUUCGACCGGGAACUGUUCCGGUUCCUAUGCAAACCCCUUACCCCUACGUUCAACAACCAUAUCAUGCUGUGAUGCCACCUCAGGUUCCAAUCGGGUACCAUCAUUUGGUUCCGGGUUCGGGUCAAUUAUAUGGGGCGGGCGUGAGGCACGUGACCCCACUGCAACCUUACAGCCCCUCCGCCGCGGUGGUUCAUGAUGGUUUGAAGCAGCAUGGGUAUCAUCCCGUGCCGAAUACCGGUUCGGUUCCGGUUCACCCGGUUACACCGAUGACGGGUUCGGUUGAACCGCAGAGAGGUGGAGCGGAGUUUGUGGCGGGUCGGGGCCCCAGCUCGUUAAAUAACUGAACCCGUUUUGCUUAGGGAAUGGAUGCUGAAUUAUUCCUAUGAUCAUGCAAAUGGGUAAUUCAUGUCUAUAGUACGUGCCUGUAUGCAAAUGGGAAAUGGGAAAUUUGAAUGCAUUACAAGCCAAAAAAUGGUAAUUACAUAAAAUUGUUUGAGAAAAUCAUUUCAAGUUGUAUAUUAAAAAGGAAAAAUGUUAAUAAAUUAUAUUUCAUUAUGCUACCAAUAA